AGGCGGUGCUUGUUGUCCCGUGAUCUGAGCAGAGCCCGGGAAGUCUUCAGUCAGUUCGCAGCUGCUCCACAGCAGACAUGGAUGAUGAGAGCAUUGAAGCCAUUACAAUCUCUUCUCCCAUUGCCGAAGAGGUGCCUAUGGAAACAGACCUGGAAGAAAUAGUAGAAGUAAAUAGCAGUGGAGAAUGUGUUAGUACUUCUUUUGUUAAGCAAACUCUCCCAACCACUAGUAAUCAUGCCAGUCACCUGGCAGUAGUAAGCGUUGCUUCAAAACCCAGCCCGGGACCUUCCGCUACAGCUAUGAAAACUGUUCUACAAAGUGGAAUACAUAAGUUGGGGACGCAGUUGCCCGGGCAAAUCAUUCUUAACAAGGCUUCUGAGGUCGCCUCUAGUAAUAGAUUUGUGAAGCAGGAAAAGCUGAUCGUAACGACGUUAGGGAAGUCAAGCCAUCCCAUUGUACUGAUUCCUCAAAAUCAGAUGUCAAGUACCCAGAAGGCCACUCCUCUCCAGCAUGUAGAUGGCAAGGGGGCACCACAGCAGAUCAAGUUGGUUACUAUUGGGAGUCGUUCUGAUGUCAAGCCUGUAUUGGGCAUGUCCUCCUUAUCCGCUGCUCAACUCAUCAGUUCCACUACCAAGUCUUCUGUUCUUCAGGCACAGCAAGUACAGAAUGUGCAGAUUGCUAAGAAACUUCCUGCUUCAUCUUCUGGUGCAGUUAUUACCAAGUUGAUCAUUGCAAAACCGUUGAACAGCAAGCCUGGACAGACUACCCAAGUAUCAUCUGUAUUUGCAGGCAAGGUGCUGUCUCAUGUUAAUUCUGCAACUCAGUCAAAACCAAUAGCAAUCACUGAAAGUGGACUGGUCACUGGGACAUCCCUAGAGUCCAUAACACAGGCAUCCAAUAAAAUUGCCAUAUCCCCUCUGAAGUCUCCUCCUACCAAGACUGUAAAACCAACAGUUCAGACAAUAACAGUUAGUGGUGUUAAUACAACACCCCAAUUCAAAACAAUCAUCCCACUUGCAGCAGCUCCAAAUGUGCAGCAGAUUCAAGUCCCUGGAAGCAAGUUUCAUUAUGUACGGCUUGUGACUGCAUCAACAGCAAGCAGCGUCACACUUGGCCAGAACCCGAGCACCAGCUCCCAGCCUCUUCAGCAUGCUAAACCAGUGGUGGUAAAUGCUACACAAGUGCGGAUGUCUGUUCCUAUAGUUCCAGCACAGGCUGUCAAACAAGUGGCCCCAAAGCCAUUAAAUGCAGCUACACAGAUCGUGACCACCAGCCAACCACAGCAGCGACUGCUCAUGCCUGCUACACCAUUGGCACAGAUUCAGCCUAACCUCACUAAUCUUCCUCCAGGUACUGUUCUGACGCCUGCUCCAGGAACUGGAAACGUUGGCUAUGCUGUCCUACCUGCUCAGUAUGUUACUCAGUUGCAGCAGUCUUCAUAUGUUUCCAUAGCAAGCAAUGCAGGAUUAUCUGGGACUCAGAGUUCACAGAAUCAGCCUCGGGGACCACUAAAUGGAAUAAUUUCUUCAGAAUCAGCAAAUCGUCCAAGAAAGCCAUGUAAUUGCACAAAGUCAUUGUGCCUAAAACUCUAUUGUGACUGCUUUGCUAAUGGAGAGUUUUGUAACAACUGCAACUGUACAAACUGCUACAAUAACCUGGAACAUGAAAACGAACGACAAAAAGCAAUCAAGGCUUGUCUAGAUAGAAAUCCUGAAGCUUUCAAACCAAAAAUUGGGAAAGGAAAGGAAGGAGAAUCUGACAGGCGACACAGCAAAGGAUGCAACUGUAAACGUUCUGGAUGUUUAAAAAACUACUGUGAAUGCUAUGAGGCUAAAAUCAUGUGCUCCUCAAUAUGUAAGUGUAUAGGUUGCAAAAAUUUCGAAGAGAGCCCAGAACGCAAGACACUAAUGCAUCUGGCAGAUGCAGCAGAAGUGAGAGUGCAGCAGCAAACUGCAGCCAAAACCAAGUUAUCCUCCCAGAUCUCAGAUUUGCUCACAAGGCCAGCACCAUCAUUAACAAGUGGUGGGGGAAAGCUGCCGUUCACAUUUGUCACAAGAGAAGUUGCUGAGGCCACGUGUGAAUGCCUUCUUGCUCAGGCAGAGCAGGGAGAGAAGCUCUCGAAAUCCCAAGCUGCCACAGAGAGGAUGAUCCUAGAAGAGUUUGGACGUUGCCUAAUGAGUGUUAUUAACUCUGCAGGAAAAGCAAAAAGCGACCCUUGUACUAUGAGCUGUUAAGUGUGGCAGAAUGGCUAGCAUGAGUGAUCAGAAAUUGUGACUGCAUGGGAGAGAGGUCUAUAAGAUAAUGUACAAAGAAUACACUGCCACACAAUCCUUCAUUUUUCACUUUCCAUCCAUAUACAGUAUGUGCCAGAAUUCCUGUGUGUUUUGUAUGUGGCAACUUUCAAUGUGCUUUGCAACAAAAGUGAGAUUUUAUGGUAAACCAUUCGUUUUUAAAUCUAGCAUUCAUCUCUCACCCCUAAAUUAUUGAUGACGACACCCAGUGGUGAAUCCUUUUUAUUGUAA